UUUUUUUUCUUAAAUUUGCAAGUCCUAGUUAUACGCGAAUUGGGGUUUUUAGUGCCGAGUCCAUUUGAUAUUUGAAAAUGUUUAGUACGCUGCCGCGCGGCUCGUACAUUAACGAGCGGAUUAGCAAGAACUUUGGCAAGGAGGUGCUGCUGUCCAAUUGGCAGGAGCUGCGCCUGGGCUGCGACGAGAAGAACGAUUGCAUAUUGCCAGGACUGAAGCGCGUAGAUGCGUGCGAGCACCACAUAACCGAAAUCAAGGAUAGCUAUUUGCCGUCCUCUGUGUUCGAGGAGGCGGACGAUAUGACGCGACAGUUUCUGGGCGCACGCAACGAAUCGGUGCACAACCACCAACGGAACAGGGAGUCGCAAGUGCGUUUCCCCCUGACCAAAGAUAUGAGCACCAAUUUCACAACAACCUACACGAUCAUGUACGAGAUUUUGCCUAAGCAGCAGGCGAAUGCAACGGCGGCUGUGGAGCAGAGCGGCAGUGUGCCGAGCAAGAUAGAAGAUCGAGACUUGAUGCUCAGCUAUGGUAAUCGCAGCAAAACUGGCAAAUUUUGCCGGCUCAGGGCCGAUAUGCGCUGGGAGAAAUCGCUAAGAAUGGAAACGAGCUAUGCGGCCGACUACAACAAAAGCAAGCCGGCACUUAAAAACGCCGCAAAUGAGCAGCAAUAACAACGAAAUGUAUCAAAUUGAUAAUUAAAUAUAUAUGCAUAGUACGGCAAACAAAAGCCUGCAAUUGUACAA